AUGGGAGCAGCCCUGACGGCACGCAGUAGGAGCCAAAAUGAGAGCUGCCUGGGGCCUGGUGACUGCUGCACCCCCCCUCCAUCGCGCCAGAGAACGCACCAAAUUCCCCAAUCCUCGCCCUCCCCCCCGGGGUCCACAUCCGCGGGGCAGGACCGACGCAGCCUCUCGGGGCCUUGGCGACUUACCGCUGGGGGCCGGCAGUGCAGCAGGGUGCGGCCGCCACGGGCUCGGGCACCGCGUCGGAGCGCGAGCCGCGCUCAGCACCACGGUCAGCUCCCGGUGCCGCGCGCCGCGGCCGGGAGGGGGAGGCCCGGCGCCCGCACCCACCCGCCGCGGCUCCAGGGGCCCCGCGGGGUCGGGCAGGCGAGGGUUAAGCCGCCGGAGGCCGGCGGGAGGGGCGGGCCGGCGCUGGCGCGCAGGGGUGGCGAGGGGGCGCGCCGGCCGCGGUGGGGGCCGCUCCGCCAGGCUGCCGCCUCCCUGCGCCGCCGCUCGGGCCGCGCUCGGGUCGGCUUUGUUCGUAUCGCCCCGUCUCUUUUUCUGGGUGUCUCUGCCUCCCACUCGGCCGCGGCUGUGCCUCCCUCAGGCGCAGUCGCCUCCCCUCGCCCCCGUGCGCACGGCGCCCCCGCCGCUGUCCCCUCUUCCGGGAGCGCACAGGUGUGGGAGCCCCUCCCCCUCGGCCCAGAGAGCCAGCCCUGCCCACCGCAACACUCUCGGAAGGGCUCGGCCACCCGGAGCCUCGUCACGAGUCCUACCCAGGAUUCGGAGCGGGCCUGCAAGAAGGGGCAGGCCCGGCUGGGGUUGCAAGGCAGGGUCUUCCCUUGGAGAAGGGACCUGACUCUAUUAUUAAAGAGAACGAAAGAGGCACUUGCUCUACAGUGUUGUGUGCAUAGUGGAUGUGCAGCCAUCAUUGGCUCAUGUGUGAAGGAGCAUACAUUCCUGGAAAGUCUGAGCAUGUCCAUACACAUCAUCUCACUGGGAGCCUGCAGUCCACUGAAAGAAGAGGCAGACGCCUGCCCCAACUGCCCAGAGCCCUGCUGGCUGAGCGGAUCCCUAAUGUCCUUGGUUAAGCUCUCACCCUGCAUGACUGUUUUCCUCAGAAGAAGGCACUAGUGGGGACACCUUUUCCUGGGGUCUCUAUGCAGGGAAUGGACUGGAUGUGUACAGACCUGGCCACCAUGCCUUUGGGGGCUGGUGUCACAGCCAGGCCAUGACUCUAAAGAAUGAGGUGGGCUGGGUGCGGUGGCUAACACCUGUAAUCCCAGCACUUUGGGAGGCCUAGGUGAGGGAUCCACUUUAAAGGUCAACUUUAAAGUGAUUAAAGUGAUCCACUUUAAAGGUCAGGAGUUUGAGACUAGCCUGGCCAACAUGGUGAAACCCCGUCUCUACUAAAAAUACAAAAAAUUAGCUGGGUGUGGUGUCACAUGCCUGUAGUCCCAGCUACUCAGGAGGCUGAGACAGGAGAACCGCUUGAAUCCGGAAGGCGGAGGUUGCAGUGAGCCGAGAUCGUGCCACUGCAUGCCAGCCCGGGCAACAACGGCAAUACUCUGUCAAAAAAAAAAAAAAAAAGAAUGAGGUGGAAGGAGGGCUUCCUUAGGAAAAAUGGCCUGCUGAGAGGGUGAGGGGUGCAGGUUGCUGCUGUGCCAGAGCGUGUCCUGUUUGGGUUCCCCCAGAAGCCGGCCCUGAUGAUGUGGGUGCUUACUAGUUUGGGAUGUGAUGGCAGGAAGCGCUAGCAGUGAGUGGGGCUGAGGCAGCGGAUGGGGACGCUAUCAGGCCAUUUGCUCCUAUCAGGGGCUGGCCCUCAGUCUCCCUGUGAGGCUCCAAGAGGCUAUCUAGAGCAUUCCUGAGUUAUCCUCACCUGGGGAAAGGAAGUUGGGCCAUAUAUUUAACAUUCAUCAUGGGCCGAGGGCUGCUUUCAGAGGCUGUAAGCAUCACGCACUCCUGGCCUAUCCUGAGAACGAACUGAGGAUGCUGCAAUGCCCAGGAAAAGGUCUUAGCAGAGACACCUAACAACGUGAAAGGUCACUGGGUGGUUUGCUCAUCUUCUGAAAAAUACAUACUUGUCAUCGGUUAUUUGCUGACCUUUUGUAAAUGGUUGAUCUUUUCUUUCUGUUGCUUCCAACUUCCCUGGUGACAUGUCUAUUGCAGAUUUCUUUUUAUUUAUCCCUUUUUAGGGCCAACUGCUUCCUGGAUCUGAGGCUUACCACCUUCAAAUAAUUGUAGAAUAUCUCAGGCUUUAGCUCUUCAAAUUUUGCUUUUUCUUCAUUUCUCUAUUAUUCCUUCUUGGAACCUAGUUAUGUUAAAUCUUCUCAAUCUCCCUUCCAUGACUCUCCCUGUUCAAAAUACAUUUUUAAAUCUUUUUGAUUUAUUAUUUGGUUGGAUUCUGCAUAAUUUCUUUAGAUAUAUCUUAUAUUUCCUCAGUUAUUUUUUUGUGGCAGCUUUUCUGCUGUCCAUUGAGUUUUUAACUUCAAUUACUAUAUAAUUCAUUUUUAGAAGUGUUGUUUUUCUAUCCAUUCCCCCCUUCAAGUCUGCCUGUUAAUUUUUAUAGUGUCUUGUUAAUUGUUCAUAUUUCUAAGUCUCUCUUUUAUUUCUUUAAACCCUUUAAACUUACUUCACAUUCUGUGUCUGAUCUGAAGUCUGGGUCUGAUUCUGCCUUUUCUCUUGGUUCUCUGUGAUAUUAUUUCUCUGUGAGUUUUGACUUUUUUUUCACAGUAAGCUGAUCAAUUUCUUUGAACUUUAUCUGUGGGAAUUUCUUGAAGCUUUAGUUGGGAUUGACUUCCUUCAUUUGAAUUCAUUUCCUCUAGUUUUCUAGGGGCUCUACCCAUCUGGCAUCACUUUUUAAAUUUAAAAUUUAUCCACUGGGCGCAGUGGCUCACGCCUGUAAUCCCAGCACUUUGGGAGGCCAAGGCAGGAGGAUCACCUGAGGUCAGGAGUUUGAGACCAGCCUGGUCAACAUGGUGAA